AUGAGCAAGAGCAACAAGGAGUUAAUUGCUUUCUUCGAUUUCAAAAGAGAUAAUAGGGAGGCUCUGCAGUUCGGAGGGAUGUUACUUGUUCCGAAGACGCUGAAUGAUGUUGUUCUAGAGUCGAUGAUGAUUCCCCCAGAUGAUUUCCCUGAAGACUCCGACACAAUCUACGAUAUGCUCAACGGAAGAGUUUGGAUGGGACAUGACAUUACGAGAGUCGAGACCCCAUUGUUGGAGGCUGAAUUCAAGAAAAUUGGCAAACCAGCGCCUACCGCCAAAUCAAUCAUAGAUACACUUCACUUCACAUCCUCCGACACAGAGUUGGCCAAACUUGCGAUACAAUUUGGUUUAGGUCGUCAAGCAUACGGGAGCUUUAAGGAUUGCGGCAAGAAUCUUAAGGCUAUCAAGAAAUGUGAAGCCUUCAUGUCAAUUUUGGAGGAACCUGAGAGGAAAUAUGAGGAUGAUGUCCAUCCCAUGCUUUCUGUUAUCAAAUACUAUCACGAUGAAGCAGUAAACGCUAGGCGUUUUGUCUGA